AUGUUAAGUUCAGGCACCACUGAAGAUGUCUCAACUAACAAAAAUACUUUCAAAGGCAGAGAUUUCCUAAGCGAUCAAAAUGUUUUAAAAAAUCAGAAUGCCGAUUUUCUAACAACCGAAUUGAAGAAACUACUUAAAAAGUUAAAUCCAAGAAUGAAGAGACAUUAUAAUGAUAUAAAGUCCACUGAAGCAAAAAUUGCUUACUUAGAAGGGAUUAAGUUAGUGCGUGAACAAGGAGAACUUCAAAUGAGCUCAAUAUUCAAUACACUUACCAUUACUAUCACUGUCACUGUCACUGCAAAAUAUAUUAAAGAUGAAAAUUCUACUCGGAUUUUUAUCGUUACUUU